AUGACGCUCGAAGUGGUGCCAGAGCCGUCAAAGCUAGGCACAAAGUCUCACUGGGAUGAGGUUUAUGCUCGAGAGGUAGACAAUUACAGAGCGGCCGGUGACGAGGGAGAAUGCUGGUUCGGACUCGACGCAGCGUCAGACAUGGUCGAAUGGGCUCAAGAACAUGUACCGCCCGAAAAGAAGCCAAAGGUACUCGAUCUCGGCUGCGGCAACGGUCACCUGCUGUUCAGUCUGGCCCAAGAAGGCGACUAUGACACCAGCCUGAUGACAGGGGUCGACUAUGCGCCAGCUUCCAUUGAGCUCUCGCGCGCUAUCGCAACUCAACGCGGCAUUGCAGGCAUCACCUGGAAAGUCGUCGACAUCUUCGAACAAACAUCCGCGAGCGCCGAAUCAUACGAUCUUGCUCUCGACAAAGGCACAUUCGACGCGAUCUCAUUGGCGCCAACUCGUCAGACCAGAUGGCAUCUUUCUGCUCACGUCGUGCAACUGGACGAAAGACGAGCUGCUCAGUAG